AUGGAAGAGAUUCCGGGCCAGAGACUUAUUCAUGACCUCAUUGACGACAUCGCCAUCUUGGAUGAAGAUCGCAUCUUUGCAUCUAUUCCAACAAGUGACGAUCCAGUUGAUGGAUUCAUAGACAUCACAUAUCAAAGACUUGCUUUGGCCAUUGAUCGCGCAUCAUGGUGGCUUCAAAAAGCGAUGCAAGGACACCCGCAACUCGAGACAUUUGCAUAUCUCGGUCGCAAUGACCUUCGUUAUCAGCUUCUCACCUUGGCUGCCGUCAAGACUCAUUACCAGAUUCUUCUUCCAUCAGCCCGCAAUAGCAGCUAUGUUCAAACUCUUCUAUUGAAUAAGACAAACUGUCAAACCGUCAUCUACGAUGCUGCCAAUCGCAACAUAAAAUCUGCAUUUGAUAAUGCAAGUGACGUGCAUUUUAUUCAGGCUCCCGAACUUGACUGGCUUUUGGAUGAACAGGAUGAAGUUGAGCCAUUCCCCAAGAUCGCCGAGUCUCGUGAUGAGGCCUUGAAGAGACACUUCAUGAUUCUUCAUAGUUCUGGGUCAACUGGUAAUCCGAAACCCAUAUCAUACACGCUUGAAUCAAUCAUGACGGAAGACGUUUACCGUCUACUCGACCAAGCUGAUGGCAAAUUAUGGCAUCACGAGCUGUUGGAGAGCAGGUGUUAUGUAUGCCUUCCAGCUUUCCAUUCCGCCGGAGUUUGGUUCCAGCUCAUUCUCCCUGUCUACUACAACAUGCAAGCCGUCUGGGGUCCUGCCAAUGUGCCUCUCAACCCUGAUAUCGCUGCAAAAGUCAUUAUGACCAGUGGUGUCAACGGGGCCGUGUUUCCAUCCUCAAUUCUGGAAGCGGUCCAUGAGACACAACCUGAAGUCUUGCUUGAAUCACUGGACUUUGUCUUCUCUGCUGGCAGCCCUUUAGCUAUUCCUGUUGGUGAUAAGAUUACGAAGCUCACGCGUCUGCACAAUUUCAUUGGCUACAGUGAGGCUACCGCGCCGCCGCGCUAUCUCCUCAACUCUAAUGAGUGGAAGUAUCACCACUUUCACCCAGCCUCGGGUUUUGUGGCAGAACCCUUGAGCGAUGGGUCUGAGUUGUACGAGCUGGUGAUCAAACCUGUUUCACAGCAGUCACAAUCGGUAUUUCUUAUCUUUCCAGACCUCAAGGAAUAUCGAACCAAAGAUCUCGUAUCUAAGCAUCCUACCAAGCCUCACUUAUGGCUGCAUCGUGGGCGACUGGAUGAUCUGAUUCUCCUCUCCAAUGGGGAGAAGGUUGACCCUCAUGCAACAGAAGCCUUUCUUCAUACCAGUCCGUACAUAAGCAGUGCUCUUGUGUACGGGACCGGGCGAGCAUACUGUGCCUUGCUUGUCGAGUUGCAAACGAAUGUGGAGCACGCCGGUGCUGUUGAUCUUCUCUGGCCAUUAGUACAGGAAGCAAACAAACUGGUCCCAAGUCAUGCACAGAUCAGCAAGGAUAUGAUAUUGGUAGCGCAGCCUUCCAAGCCCUUCUGCCGGGCAGGCAAAGGAUCGGUGCAGAGACAAAUGACUUUCAGCGAAUACGAGAAGGAACUUGCUGCACUAUAUGACGAGCCAACAGAGGUCAAUAGUAAUCAGCAACUUGAUGUCAUGGCCGACGGUCCUGAUGUUGACUCGCUUGCCGAAAUCCUACGAUCAAUCAGUGGGAUCAGGUUGCUGCCUGACGAAAACAUCUUUAGUUCAGGUGUAGACUCCCGUCACGCUGUCAGCUUCCUUCGACAGAUCAGUAAGCUUUGGUUCUCUGACGACUCGUCAACCACAGGCAAUACUCUGGAUGUUCGUUUGGUCUAUAACAAUCCGACCCUUGGUCGUCUCUCCGCCAAGCUACAGUCAUUAUCAACUGGCACCUCCACCAACGGAAUUCUCACUCCAGCGGAGUCCGAGUUGGACGUAAAUGCUAUCAUUGACAAGUUUUCAGCUAGCAUGACCGCAGUCACAGCCAGUUCCAGAACCAAGAUAGUUGUGCUCACUGGAAGUACAGGCUCUCUAGGCUCAAUCAUCUUGAAACAAUUAUUGGCUUCACCCCAAGUCGGCGUUGUGUAUUGUCUCGUCAGAUCGAAGGAGAAAGCCAUUUCCAAGUUUAGCAACAUGGGUCUUGACUCGAGCAACAGACUUCGCGUAUUGCAGAGCGAUCUUGCAGACCCUGGCCUGGGAUUGCAUCACGUCCAUUAUGGUGACAUUGUCCAGACUGUGGAUAAGAUCAUCCAUUGUGCCUGGAAUGUGAACUUCAACCACAUCCUUGAUGCAUACAUAGACACAGACGUCGCUGGAGUGUCUAACUUGAUCGAUCUGAGUGUGCGGUCUCGCAAAGCCGCUCAUCUUGUGUUUACUUCGUCUAUUGCCGCUGUCGCUACCUGGGACAUGAACAUAGGACCGGUGCCUGAGAAGGUCAUCCAAGACAAGUCAGUUGCUUCAUCUGCGGGCUACGGUGAAUCAAAGUAUAUCGCUGAGCAUCUCCUGAGCCACGCCGCUCAGCAUUAUGGCGUACCAGUGACAAUCGUCAGGAUUGGUCAGAUUGCUGGUUCACUCUCGGAUGAUGGUCAUGUUUGGAACAAGAGCGAGUGGUUUCCUAUGUUUCUACAAGCAUCAAAGGACCUCGGAGCUUUGCCUGAAGAGCUGGGCGACAAUAAUGUUGUUGAUUGGAUUCCUAUCGAUGUUCUUGCCGAUUCCAUUGUAGAUAUUUCUAUCACCCCGCGUCGCAAUUCCGUAUGGCCACCCGAGGUUGAGGUCAUACAUGCUGUCAACCCAAACACUGUCUCCUGGUCUAACUUACGGGAAACGGUACUGUCGAGUAUCGACGCUAUAGUUGAGCAUGUACCUUACAAUACUUGGAUCAAACAGUUGAAAGUACUUCACCAACGAGCGGAGAAGGAACAAGACAACAAGGAGUAUCCUUGGAUUUCGCUCCUGGAGUGGUUUCAAGAGUUUGGGAAGCAGAGAUACCCUGUCAUGUCUGUCGAGCAAUCAAUCCAGCUGAACAAUGUCUUGCGCAGAAUGGAACCUAUCACAGGAGUGGCGAUGCAGAAGUGGAUCAAGGAAUGGGGGUUCUAG